GCAGCAGCACUCGGGGCAGAACACAGCAGGUGAGCAGCUGCUCUGGGGGUAGCGGCUGUACAAAUCCAGCGCCUUUACAAGCGAGCUGUGGGCUCUGAAGGUGCUUCCCGGUUUCGGAGCGGCGCUCUCGGGAUGCGGCCGGCGCUAGGACCUGCCUGGAGGGAGCGGAUCAGAGCAGCGGGGCGGGGGCGCGGCCGUGAAGCUCCGGGAGCCCGCGGAGCGCCGUGCCCGCCAUGCCGCAGCUCUGCCGGGUCACGGCCUCGCUGCUGCUGGGCACGGCCAGGGCAGCGUGCGACGAGGAGCUGCUGGCGCGGGAGGGGGUCACCUUCUGCGUGAACGUCACCCGGCAGCAGCCCUUCCCCGCGCUGCCCGGCCUCCGCGUGCCCGUGCUGGACGAGCCGGCCGAGGAUCUGCUCCGGCACUUGGAGCGCUGCGGCGCCGCCAUCGAGGCGGCCGUGCGGGCCGGGGGCCGGUGCCUGGUGUACUGCAAGAACGGGCGCAGCCGCUCCGCCGCCGUCUGCACCGCCUACCUCAUGAGGCACCGGCAGCUGCCGCUCAAGGACGCCUUUGAGGCUGUGAAAACUGCCAGACCUGUAGCACAACCGAAUGCAGGAUUUUGGGCUCAGCUGCAGAGAUAUGAAGAAGAAUUGCAGUCUGCUCUGCUGAGCAAAGAACUUGAAAAUAGUGAUGUGUGAAGAUACUUUAAAGAAAGUGAAGUGACUUGCUACAGACUUAAAAUAAAAUAGGAAAAAAAUUCACUUCCUAAAUCACCUGUACGUAGAACAAUUUACCCCCAUAACUGA